CACCGCUUCUGCGUUAGCGUCGCUGAUUCUGCGGGGAGGGAAACGGACAGGAUGGAAAUCGAACACAUGCAGCCGUAUUUCUUCGGAGACAUCGGCUGCUGGGUAGAGAGAACAGAGGUGCACAAGGCAGCGUCCCUCGGCCAGGCCUCCCAGCUGCAGCACCUCAUCCAGAGUGGAGCUUCGGUCAACCUGGUGGCGGUGGACUCCAUCACGCCGCUGCAUGAGGCCUGCCUCCGUGGACAGGCCCAGUGUGUGCAGCUGCUGCUGGAUGCUGGAGCUCAGGUGGAUGCGAGGAAUGUGGAUGGAAGCACCCCGCUGUGUGAUGCCUGCUCUGCUGGUAGUCUGGAGUGUGUGAGGCUCCUGCUGGAUCGUGGUGCCAAGGCCAACCCUGCCCUCACCUCCCGCACAGCCUCGCCCCUCCACGAGGCCUGCGUGGGAGGUAACUCAGACUGUGUGGAGCUGUUGAUAGCCAUGGGUGCUUGUCUCGAGGCAUACGACCUUUACUACGGGACCCCGCUGCAUGCAGCUUGUGUUAAUGAGCACAUGAACUGUGUUAAAGUGCUGCUCAAUGCAGAAGAUCAGUGA